AUGACCACAAAAAUAAAACAAGAGGUGCACCGCGCGAUUCAAAAGCAGAAGCAGAGGGAGAAUCGUUACAAAUUUGGACGAACUGCACGGCCCACUCCGUCCGCUCCAGCAGGAUACAUAUCGCCUGCCACGGCAGGAUACUUGCCGAUUCCGUCCGCGCCGGUAGGAUACGCACCGAUAUCUUCCGCAUCGGCCCAGCAAGCACCAGCAGGAUACGCACCGGUAUCUUCCGCGCCGGUAGGAUACGCACCGAUAUCUUCCGCAUCGGCCCAGCAAGCACCAGCAGGAUACGCACCGGUAUCUUCCGCGCCGGCAGGAUACGUACCGAUUCCGUUCGGGCCGGCGGGAUACGUACCGGCUCCGUCCGGACCGGCGGGGUACAUGCCGGUUUACAAAUAA